AUGCUGGUCCUCAGCCCUCUUGUCCAGGGAUCUUACCUGCUGCUUUUCUCCUGCUUUGCUUUGUCUCAGACCACGUACGCUGACAAUGUCUUCUCACUUUCAGCAGAUCUCCCUUGCCUGGAACAGAAGAAGCAGCUAAACUGCAGAGCAUGCUGCUUUCUUGGCCCUCCUCCACCACCCCUGUUCCCACCACCGUACUUCAUGCACAGCUGGAGCACUAAGCUGGAUAUGGAAGAGUUGUGUCAUGAGCUCCAGAUAAUACAGGCUUCCUCUCUGCCUGAAUCACACUGUUCUGCAGGGCCUCCUGGCCCCCAGGGUCCACAAGGAAUUCCUGGUAUAAUGGGACCAAAAGGGGAGAAAGGGGAGAUUGGCAGGCCUGGAAGAAAGGGCAGACCAGGUCCCCCGGGUGUCCCUGGGAUGCCAGGACCAAUAGGAUGGCCUGGACCUGUGGGACCAAAGGGUGAAAAGGGAGAGUUGGGUGUGAUGGGAUUGCCAGGUACAAGAGGACCAAUGGGCUCCAAGGGUUUUCCUGGAACUAGAGGAGAAAAGGGAUCCAGAGGUGACAGAGGUGACAAAGGAGUCAAAGGAGACCCGGGAGAAAUAGGCUUCCCUGGAAUGCUUGGACAAAAAGGAGAGAUGGGCCCCAAGGGACAGUCUGGAGUACCAGGACACAGAGGACCGAUAGGAAGACCUGGAAAACGAGGCAAACAAGGACUCAAGGGAGACAUUGGACCAGCAGGUGUCAUGGGCCCACCUGGCAGGCCUGGUCCUGUUGGCCAGCCUGGCCCCCCUGGACCCUCAGGAUUAGGGCAAUUUGCAAUAGGACCAAAGGGAGAAAGAGGACUUCCAGGGCCUCCAGGGAGAUGUCUCUGCAGGACCCCACAGCAUAUGAGUAACCCAUCAUAUGAGGAAUCUGUGUUUGGACACAGCUACCCAAAAGUUCCCGCGAUUUUUGUGGUGAAUAAUCAAGAAGAAUUGGACCGGUUAAACACUGAAAAUGCGUUAGCUUUUAGAAGAGAUCAGAGAUCUUUGUAUUUCAAGGAUACCUUUGGAUGGCUCCCAGUCCAGCUCACCCCUUUGUAUCCCGUGGAUUACCGCUUCGAGGAUGGGGGUACCUGUGGAGAUGGGAUCGUGCAGGAUGGGGAGGAGUGCGACGACGGCAAUGCAGUUGUGACUGAUGACUGUAUAAGGUGCCGCCGUGCUUACUGUGGAGAUGGCUACAAACAUGAGGGGGUUGAAGACUGCGAUGGGAUGGAUUUUGGAUAUUUGACAUGUCGAACAUACCUUCCUGGGUCUUACGGAAAAUUGCGAUGCACUUCUUACUGUUACAUUGACUCCACACAGUGUCGGUACUUCACAUGA